UAAUAGUGUGCCACUCUAUUGUUUACUUAUUGGUUUUAUUUGAGCAAAGACACGGUUAUGAGGUGAGUUUAUGGAAACUACCGGUUUGAAUGGAUGUCCUUCAGUUCUGAGCACAGUCACGAGUGUGCGCCACGACCUGGGCAAGUUCCACGCCUCGUGCGGAUGACGGUUGGUCCCUAACGGUCGUUCGGUCGGUACUGGAGACCUUUCUUCCGGCCUGUCUCGGAACCAGUUUAACUUCCCGUAGUGCUGUCAGAUUCCACUCAUCGGAUAUGAGCCUUGACCAUUUAUUCGAAGAAAUCCUUGUAACCGAACAGAAAGCUUUGGAGAAGAGACAGUUUCUUCAUGGUGUAAAAUCAGAAAUAAUCCGAUGCAAUGAAAGUCUCCGAGAAAUAUCAGAAAAUUUACAUCAAAACAAAAUUACUUUGGAAUCAAAAGUGAAAAACUUUUCAGAAGAGCUCUUCCAUUUGAAUUUGCUGAAGAAGCAAGAAGAAACCCUUAAGAAACAGAGAGAGGAAAUGACCAAGGAAAAUAAUCACUUUUGCGAAACUCUAGAGAAGAAGAAAAAGAAAAUUGUUGAGGAAAGAGAAAAAUUUGUUCAAGAGAUUUCAGAAUUCAAUACUGAAUAUGACUUACUAAGUAACAGAAUAAUUACAAUUGAAAGUAAAGUGAAAUCAAAAAUAUGUGAUUUGGAUACAGAAGCCUCACACCUGAAAAAUGAUAUGAAAUGUCUUGAACAAAAAAAUAUUCAUUUGAAUGCUCUCCAAAAGCAGAAAAAUGAGCUAAAAGAAGAAAUUCAUCAACUCCAGAGCAACCUUCAAGGUAUUGAGGAUGAGCUGACUACAGUUAUUUUUAACACAAAGGCUUUGGAAGAAGAAAAAGUAAAAGUUUGUCAAAAACCACAAACAGAUCCUGAGUUUUUACGGUUAAAGAAAGAAUUGGAAUUAUACAAGGAAGAUGAUUUGGAAAGUGUUUGUGAGGCCCUUCGAGCAGAGAUACAGUAUUUGCAAAUGAAACUAUCGCAUGGCAACCAUCCUCAAAAUAGCAACUCCCAACUUUCUGAACGGUGUGCCCCUGACUUGUCUAGUGAACCAGAUCACAUUGGAAAAAGAAGGCAGCCAUAAGCUGAAACAGGGAAAAAAAAGAUAAAAAUGAAAUUGUACACAAAACUGAAUUUGCUGUGUGAUAUUAUUUAUCCACUCAAAUUGUAAUUCCUGGUUUGAA